CGACUGUUGCCAAGUAACCAAAGAAGCUUCAGAUUCGCCAUCGCUUUUUUCCCUUUUAGCAGCUCGCCAGCAGCGUUUACAGCCUGACACAGUCAUGGAGGUGACGAUGGACCCUCUGUUUCUUGCAUUGAGCUAUUUCAGGAGGCGAAAGUUUCAACAGUGUUCAGAUAUUUGUAGCAAAAUAUUGCAAGACAGUCCCUACGACCAGGACUCAUCUUUUCUUAUCUCAGAGGCAGCAUGGAGCUUAAAAACCAGAGCCCUCACAGAGAUGGUGUACAUUGAUGAAGUUGAUGUUGACCAGGAAGGAAUUGCUGAGAUGAUGCUGGAUGAGAGCUCUAUCGCACAAGUUGCACGACCUGGAACUUCACUGAGACUCCCUGGAACAAGUCAGGGUGGUGGUCCCACUCCAGCAGUCAGGCCUAUGACACAAUCAGGGCGUCCUAUCACAGGCUUUGUGAGACCCAGCACACAGUCAGGGCGUCCAGGAACGAUGGAGCAGGCAAUCAAAACCCCGCGCACUGCAAGCACAGCGCGUCCUGUCACUAGUUCUUCUGGUAGAUUCAUUCGUUUGGGAACUGCUUCAAUGCUAACCAACCCAGAAGGACCUUUUAUAAAUUUGUCGAGAAUAAACCUGUCCAAGUAUUCUCAAAAGCCAAGUUUGUCCAGGACUUUAUUUGAGUACAUCUUUCACCAUGAAAAUGAUGUUAAAAAUGCUUUAGAUUUAGCAGCUCAAGCUACUGAGCAUGCACAGUUUAAAGAUUGGUGGUGGAAGGUUCAACUAGGAAAAUGUUACUACAGACUUGGUUUAUACAGAGAAGCCGAGAAACAGUUUCGAUCGGCUCUCAACCAGCAGGACGUGGUAGAUACGUAUCUCUACCUCACAAAGGUUUAUCAGCGCAUGGAUCAACCAAUAACAGCCCUCAACCUUUUCAAGGAAGGCCUGGACCACUUCCCUGGUGAGGUCACUCUUCUAACGGGAAUCGCCCGCAUCCAUGAGGAGAUGAACAACAUUACAUCAGCCACAGAGUACUACAAAGAGGUCUUGAAGCAGGAUAACACACACGUAGAGGCAAUUGCCUGCAUAGGCAGCAAUCACUUCUAUACCGACCAGCCUGAGAUCGCCCUGCGGUUCUACAGACGGCUUCUCCAGAUGGGAGUAUAUAACUGCCAGCUGUACAACAACCUGGGCCUCUGCUGUUUCUAUGCACAGCAGUACGACAUGACUCUGUCCUCAUUUGAGAGAGCUCUGGCACUGGUGGCCAGUGAUGAAGAGCAGGCGGAUGUCUGGUACAAUAUUGGGCAUGUUGCUGUGGGCAUCGGGGACUUGACGCUGGCAUAUCAGUGUUUUAAACUGACCCUGGCUUUCAAUAAUGAUCAUGCUGAGGCCUACAACAACCUGGCGGUACUGGAACUGCGAAAAGGUCAUAUUGAGCAGUCAAAAGCCUUCCUGCAGACAGCGGCGUUGCUGGCCCCUCACAUGUAUGAGCCAAACUUCAAUCUCUCCAUUCUGUGUGAAAAGAUUGGAGACCUUCAGAGCAGUUACACUGCAGCUCAAAAGUCUGAGGACGCUUUUCCAGAGCACAUCGACACUCAGCAGCUCCUCAAGCAGCUUCGGCAGCACUUUGCAGUUCUAUGAGCCAUCAGACAUCCGACCAAAAAGUUGAGAAAGUAGUAAAAGACAGGCAGGUUAGUCAGAUGGAAAACAUUAGUUGUCAUUUAUGUUUAUUCAUAACAGAAUGGUAACUAAAAAUCCAGAUUUACAGAAUAAAUCAUGGGAUGACAUAUUUACUCUAGUUUGAUAAAGAUGUACUGGGUGUUUCCCAUAAAUAAAUUGCAUCAGUUGAAUCCAAA